AUGAACACUCAUUCCCCAAAGAAAAGAGCCCAUGACAACUCUCUGGAAUAUGACGGUCCUCCUUAUGGUUUACCAAGGAAGAAGUUUAUAUCUGAAGAAAGUUUUGCAAAAGAAAUGGCUGCAAUGACACUUGACCCAAUGCAUCCACAAGUUUAUCAAUUCACCGAGGAUCCUUCCUCUGAACCUGAGUUUAUGUCACUUGAUGCCAAUGGACAAGUCAUAAUUGAUGUAGACGAAAAUGGUCUUCCCAUGGAAAUACGGCCAGGUGAAAAUAAACCCAGAAUUCCCAAUUUUGUAUUGGGGAACCCAGAGUUGACAGACCCGAGAGAUAUUUUAGCAUAUCAGAAUAUUUUGAAAGCAUUGAACCAUAAACCACACAAACACAAAGCAAUCGAGGUCCUUAAUAAGCCAUCGGAUUACUAUUCUCCAACUUCAAUGGACAUUGAUUGA